UCACUGGGAAAUAUUGAUGACCUGGCACAGCAGUAUGCAGACUACUACAACACCUGCUUCACAGAUGUGUGUGAGAGGAUGGAAGAGCUGCGCAAACGGAGGGUUUCUCAAGACCUUGAUGUGGAGUCACUUGGUCUCAGCAGCACCGCAUCAACACCCGACACAGAAAGAAAGCUCACCAUUCAUAAAUCAAGUUCAGAAGAAGGCUCUGUAGGGAAAGCAGACUGGAAAAAGAAAAAUAAGUUUUUCUGGCAGAAUUUCCGAAAGAACCAGAAAGGACUAAUGAGGCAGACUUCAAAAGGAGAGGAUGUAGGGUACGUGGCCAGUGAGAUCACAAUGAGUGAUGAGGAGCGGAUCCAGCUGAUGAUGAUGGUCAAAGAGAAGAUGAUCACCAUUGAGGAAGCACUCGCUAGGCUGAAAGAGUAUGAAGCCCAGCACAGGCAGUCGAGCACUGUAGAUGCUACAGAAUGGCCUGAUGGUUCUUACUCAACAUUUGAUGGGUCUUCCAAUUGUAAUUCAAGAGAACAAUCCGAUGAUGAAACAGAGGAGUCGGUGAAGUUUAAGAGGUUGCACAAGCUGGUCAAUUCUACUCGCAGAGUCAGGAAGAAACUCAUAAGAGUGGAGGAAAUGAAAAAACCCAGCACAGAAGGUGUGGAAGAGCACUCGCUUGACAACUCUGCUAUACUGGAUGACAGAUCGGCACUUUACUCUGGAGUUCACAAGAAGCAAUUCUACUUUGACGGCUCCUGCGAAAAGCAGCCAGAGGACGACUCAGACUCACUUACUACUUCUCCCUCAUCCAGCAGUCUUGAUACAUGGGGAGCUAACCGGAAGCUGGUGAAGACCUUCAGCAAAACUGAUGGCCGUGGCCUUAUCAAGCCUCCCAAGAAACUCGGGACAUUUUUCUCUUACCCAGAAGAGGAGAAGACCCAGAAAGUUUGCCGCUCCUUGACAGAUGGGGAAAUGAAGAAGAGCCUUGGCUCACUGAGCCAUGGGGAUGAUUACGAUAAGCUGCAUCUGUGCAUUCAGCCAAAACUGAGUCACUCUGCUGGCAAUCGUGGCACUGUAAACACAGCGUACUUUCUCCCAGAAGCAGCAGAGCUGCUGCAUAUCGCCACAGGUAGAACCUGUAGCUUUGGAGGAUUUGACUUGACAAAUCGUUCCCUUCAUAUUGGAAACAGUUCUGACCAAAUGGGCAAGGAAGGAGACUUUGUUUAUAAAGAAGUGAUCAAAUCACCCUCUGCCUCCCGUAUAUCUCUGGGAAAAAAGGUGAAGUCCGUAAAAGAAACCAUGAAGAAAAGGAUGUCUAAAAAAUACAGCAGCUCUCUGUCUGAGCAGGAGUCCAGCCCAGGGGUCAUGCCGGGUUCUCCGCAGUCGCCGCCGCCAGACACUGACUCCCUGGACAAGCCCAAGCUGAAAGCCGGUGGCUCAGUAGAGAGCCUGAGGAGUUCCUUAAGCGGUCAGAGCUCCAUGAGUGGUCAGACGGUGAGCACAACAGAUUCCUCAACAAGCAACAGGGAGAGUGUGAAAUCAGAAGAUGGUGAUGAUGAAGAGCCUCCUUACAGAGGACCUUUUUGUGGAAGAGCCAGGGUUCACACUGAUUUUACUCCAAGUCCUUAUGAUACAGACUCUCUGAAGCUCAAGAAAGGUGACAUCAUUGAUAUAAUCAGCAAACCCCCCAUGGGCACUUGGAUGGGCUUGUUGAACAACAAAGUUGGCACUUUCAAAUUCAUCUAUGUGGACGUGUUAAAUGAAGAGGAAGAGAAGCCGAAGCGGCCCACCAGGAGACGCCGGAAAAGCAGACCGCCCCAGCCCAAGUCAGUUGAGGAUCUCUUGGAUCGCAUCAACUUAAAGGAGCACAUGCCUACUUUUCUGUUCAAUGGUUAUGAAGAUCUGGAUACCUUUAAGCUUUUAGAAGAAGAAGAUUUGGAUGAACUGAACAUCCGAGAUCCUGAGCACAGAGCUGUUCUCCUCACAGCAGUGGAACUUCUACAGGAGUAUGAUAGUAACAGCGACCAGUCAGGAUCUCAGGAGAAACUUCUCGUCGAAGGCCAAGGCCUAACCGGAUGCUCUCCACGGGAUUCUGGCUGCUACGAAAGCAGUGAAAACCUGGAGAAUGGUAAAACUCGAAGGACCUGUCUUCUGCCCUCAAAAUCAGCAAGUGAGCAUAGCUUUAAGGACUUCAGCAGAAACCAGCUAUCAAAUUAUCCUACGCUUCCACUGACCAAGUCAAUAGAAACUCUACAGCAAGGGGAAAAAGAAAGCCGGUUGAGUUGUGCACAUCGUGCUCUGAAGAGCUCUGUCAAACCUCCAGCCAUUACGGGUCUGAAGAAGAACCGCAGAAGUUUACCAGUUGCCGUCUGCCGGAGCUAUGAAACUCUGGAUGGCCCCCAAGGUGUAGAUACAUGGCCAAGAUCUCACUCACUGGAUGAUCUUCAGGGAGAAUCCAAUACUAACCUACAGGACACUAGAAAGAAAGUAGGUUCUUUUCCUCAGGAUUCACUGGAUAUAGCAAAAAAGGCAACUGGCUCUGCCCUGCCACCUCAGUCUUACAGAGGCAGCUGUAUGGUGGAUGACUUGAUGCCGAAGCAGGGUAAAGGAGCUGCUGGUUCUCAGAAGGGAAGAGCUAAAGAAUUGGACUGCUCUGUAGUGGAGACUGCAGGUGGAAAGCCUGCUCUGUUCCCCCUGAAAAACUGUGAAGCUCAGUCUGCCUUAGUGACACAUCUUGCAACAAGAACGCCUCUGGAAAUACAAAGUAAAGGCUUUCAUGACCUUGCACGGGCUGAUUAUGCUCCAGUCCUCAAGGGAGGUCUAGAAGCUGAGCAAAAAGGCACUAAUGAGGCAAGAAUGCAACCAAAAAAUCCUUCUCAGCCACCACCUGUCCCUGCCAAAAAAUGCCGAGAACGCCUUUCUAAUGGGUUAUAUCAUCCUCCCAUGACCGCAAGUGGGAGCCACUCAAGUCUAGAAGCACCAUGUUUGCCGGUAAAAAAGUCCAGCUCAUCCGCUCCCAUUGAUUGUCACGGAGUACCUGUCCAUAGGAUAUCGUCUGAACCGGAGCUGAGUACCCCGCCCAGCCCGCUGCCACCCUGGCUGUCGGAGCUCCCAGAGACUGCUAGUGUUCAGCAGCAUGUGGUAAAGCUAGGUCCUGCUUCAGCGAGGAAAGUCUCUUGUAGCAGGGGAAUGGAUCUGGAAAUGGUAAUAGAAAACAAGCUGCAGUCUGAAGACAUUGAUCUUACUGAAGAACCAUACUCUGACAAGGUAAGUGAGGGGCGUUGCUUCAGCGUUAUUAUUCUACUAGCCUCCUUUGUGUCUGAUUUAGACCAGCCUGAAAAGGAUGUUGCCACAAACAUGGACCAGAUCCGGGUAAAGCAGCUGAGGAAGCAGCAUCGCAUGGCAAUUCCAAGUGGAGGGCUCACUGAAAUUUGCCGAAAACCUGUAUCCCCAGGACUUAUCACCUCUGUAUCUGACUGGCUGAUUUCCAUUGGCCUACCUAUGUAUUCCACCCUGCUCACAGAAGCAGGAUUCAACACACUGAGCGAAGUGCCUUCUCUGUCACAAACUUGCCUUCAAGAAGCUGGCAUCACAGAGGAAAGGCACAUAAGCAAGCUCCUGGCAGCGGCAAGACUCUUCAAACCCCUUGAUCCAGAGGCAAUUUAA